AUGAGAAAAACAAAACAUCAAGGACCAAUGUUUGAAGAAUUAUCAGAUGAUGAUGAAUAUGGUGAUCAUAUGAGUAGUAGCAAUGGUAGUAGUGUAAGAUACGAAGAUCCAGAUGAUCAUAUUAAUAAUUAUAGACAUUAUCAUUCUUCAUCUUCCAAUUCAACAAGAAGUAGAACAACUUCAAAUAGUAAUAAUUCAAAUAAUUCAAAUACUAAUUCUAAUAAUAAUGAUAGAAGAAGAAGAAGUGAAGAUCCAUUUAAUAUGAUGAAGAUGUCAAAUUCAUUCUUUGAUAAUGAUCCAUUCUUUUCAAAUUCACCAUUUGACAUGAUGUCAUCAAUGAAAAGAAGUGAACAAUUAUUUAAAAGAAUGGAUGAAGACUUUAAUUCUCAUUUCAAUAAUAUUAACAAUCAUUCAAAUUUUGAUAAUGCUAAUUCAUAUUAUUCAUCAUCUUUUUCAAGUAUUUCAAGUAAUAGAGAUGGAUCUAAAAUAAGUAAAAGAAAAGAAAUAAUUAAAGAUUCAAGAACAGGUACAGAGAAGGUAUCAAUUACAAAACAAGUUGGUGAUAAAAAGAGUCUAUUAGAAAAAACAAGAGAUAAACAAGGUAAAGAACAUGUAUUUAAGAAACUUGAAAAUGUUUCAACUGAUCAAGAUUUUGAUAAAGAAUGGAAACAAUAUUCAAAACAAUUACCUAAAUUUAAAUCAUCCUCUUCAUCAUCUUUAACACAUGAUACAUGUAAUAAUACUACUACUAGUAAUAAUAAUAAUAAUAGAAUUAGAGGAGCAUUGAGUUAUGAAAAGAGAAAAUAA